CUCUUCAGGGGAAGAACUAGAUCCCUGCCAGAAGUGAAGCAUCUUGUCAUAUUCCAGAAACAAGAAUGGUGUGGUGAUUCUUCAGUGACUUCACAAACAUUGGAAGUGAAAAAUACAUAUCUUUGGCAGUCCCAGAUGGCCACACAAGACUCCCCUGGGAAGCUGUGUAAGAAUGAGCCCCAAGACCCUCAGGAGAGCAGAGGUGUCUUUGCACCUGAAGAGAGCACCAAGAGGCGGGUUGUGAGGGGAGAGAGGCCUCCCAUGGCCCAGGAUUCUGAAAACUUGCAAGUUAAACUUGUGUCUGAUAGAACAGAGCCUGCGUUGUCACUGGUUGGUGGUGAAGCCACUUGCCAGAGUGGCCCAAUGAAAGAAUCUUCAGAUCCCUUUGUCUGUAACCAAAAAGAUAUUUUAAAAUGGAAGUCACAGUUGGUCAACUACAGCCACCAGAGGGCUCACACAGAGCAGAAGCCUUGUCACUGUGGUGAGCAUGGGAAUAUGCUGCACGCCAGCCCAGAUGCUUGUCCCUGCACAAACACCCACACUGCAGAAAAGCUGCACAGAUGUGACCAGUGCAGAAAAGACUUCAGUCAGCAAUCAGAGCUCCUGCUGCACCAGAGGCGCCACACGGAAGAGAAGCCCUACAUGUGUACACAGUGUGGCAAGAGCUUUACCAGGAGCUCCAGCCUGCUUGUCCACCAAGCCAUCCACACUGAUGAGAAGCCCUACAAGUGUGACAAAUGUGGCAAGGGCUUCACCAGGAGCUCCAGCCUGCUCAUUCACCACUCAGUCCACACCGGUGAGAAGCCAUACAAGUGUGACAAGUGUGACAAGGGCUUUAGCCAGAGCUCCAAACUGCAUAUCCACCAGCGUGUACACACAGGGGAGAAGCCCUAUGAGUGUGAGGAGUGCAGCAUGAGCUUCAGCCAGCGCUCUAACCUGCACAUCCACCAGCGCGUGCACACUGGGGAGAGGCCCUACAAAUGCGGGGAGUGUGGCAAGGGCUUCAGCCAGAGCUCCAACUUGCACAUCCACCGGUGUAUCCAUACUGGCGAGAAGCCCUACCAGUGCUACGAGUGCGGCAAGGGCUUCAGUCAGAGCUCAGACCUCCGCAUCCACUUCCGGGUGCACACAGGGGAGAAGCCCUACCACUGUGGCAAGUGUGGCAAGGGCUUCAGCCAGAGCUCCAAGCUCCUCAUCCACCAGCGUGUGCACACCGGGGAGAAGCCCUAUGAGUGCAGCAAGUGUGGCAGGGGCUUCAGCCAGAGCUCCAACUUGCAUAUCCACCAGCGUGUGCACAGGAAGAACCCAGACCCAUGAGAGCCAGGCCAAGUCUCUAGGGCUGUGAGGACUUCUGUGUUUCUAAUGUAUUUCUAAUGUAUCUCUCGCCUUUCUGUUCCUCGAAAGAGAAAGAUAAGGGUCAGUCAGAUAUGUGCCCUCACUGAAAUGUCAUUCAUUAAUUCAAAGCACCAAGCACUUAGCUAUGUUGCACAAUGAGUAGGGUGUUCUGGUCCCUCAUGUGGGUAGAGUGAAAUGUCUACAUUUCAGUUCAGGCAGUGUUAUUAGAACUACAUAUCUAUCCACUUGGCAUUUUAACUGUAAGAACUUUAUAUUUAUCCAGGCAGGGCAUGUUUUUCUGUGUUCAUAUUCUGUGCAAAAUUGUAACUCUUAUUUCUCUUCAGAUGAUGUGUAUCGUGUUUUUCAUAUCUUCUUUGGAGUCCCAAGUAGCCUCCCUUAAACUCUGAUUAUAUAUUACAUCCAUUUUAGGCUGGAGGGGAUGAAAGUUGGAGAUACAACAGAUGUGGAAAUUUCCUACAUUUAAUGCUAAAAUGUACAUCUAUUUGUGGCUAGAUAACAAGGAGCCAGAGAAGAGCUACUCCUGUUGUAGACCCCCAUAUGCUGUUUUAACAAAAAUCUUGAAUACACACAGACAUACACUUGCCCCAGGCAGCCCCACAGAAACAUAGUUAUUUUUCCUGAAUGCAGCCAGCUUAUUGGAGUGCCUCCAGGCUGGAAGCAAAGGAAGGUCCAUAACAACAUGCCCAAAGUAUGUACCAGAAUACAGCUGGCACUGAAGGGUGGUUCUGAGAGGUACGUUCCGGGAAGAGCUAGGAAGAGCUGGUAUAGGGAGCAUGUGGAGGCUGAUCAGGAGAGGCUGCAGAAACUAUGUCAAGGCUUAGAAAACUAAAGCAAAGAAAGUGGCAGCCAGUGUAUUGUUAUUAAACAUGUCUGAUUUCUCAAGACAGCAUUGAAAUGCUAGGAAAAUAUUCUUAUGUUCAUAAAACCAAGAGAAAGAUCUUAGCAAGUGAAAUCUCAGAAAAUGAGAGCUGGAAGAUAGAAGCUGUGGUGGUGCACAUCUAUAGUCCCAGAUACUCGAGGUGAAGGUGGAAGGACCACUGAAGCCUGGGCAAUGGCAAGACUCCUAAAAAAAAAUUUAAAUCGGGAAAGGCAGCUAUCAGAACAGAAGCAGACAGUUUAUGCUACCCGCAUAUGCUUAUUUUAGAAAAGAAAGAUUUCAAAUCUAAACUCACUUUAAGAAUCUAAAAAAACUUUAAAAAAAAAUUUAAUGCGAGGUGUGAUGAUGCAUGCCUGUAAUCCCAGCACU